AUGGAAGCACCAUCAUGGCUGAUACUAGGAGGUGUUGGAUAUAUUGGCCGUAACUUGGUAAUGCAUCUAUUGGAGAACAAUCUCGCAUCUCAUAUUACAGUUGCAGAUAAAGUCGUUCCAGCCAUGGCUCAUUUGCAUCCUAGAUAUGAAGAAAUUUUUUCCAGAGUUGAGUUUGUCCAAACUGAUUUAAGCCGAAACCCUGCCAAGGCAUUUACAAGAGAAUUUGACUAUAUAGUCAACUUAGCAGGCGAAACUCGCUCUGGCAUGCCAGAAAGUGCUCACAGGCAGAGUUCUGUAGGUGUCAUAAGUGCUUGCAAGGAUAGAGUUGGUAGAGCUAAAUGGAUAGAAAUUUCAAGCGCUAAAGUGUAUAGAAGCUCUAAUAGACCGAAUAAUGAAGAAAGUUCUCCUGAACCUUGGACUCUUGAAGGAACUUGGAGACUUAAUGCAGAAAGGGCACUUGAAGGAGUAAAUCAUGUCGUUUUAAGACCUGGGCUUGUUUAUGGUAAAGGAGAUUUAACAACACUUACCCCAAGAGCGGUUCUUGCAGCUGUCUAUAGAAGGAUGAAGAAAAAGAUGAAAGUGCUUUGGGGAUCUGAUUUGAGAAUUAAUACAGUCUAUAUCAGCGACUUGAUAAAUGCAAUCGUUCACACUAUCUCCCAUAUCCUUAAGAGACCAACCAUUGGAGAAUUUGGGAAAAACCCUUUACUCCCCCCCCCUCCCUCCGUGAGUGAACAAAACCAUUAGAAAAAUCGCUAUUUUUGCCCCAAAAACCCACUCUCCGUGAGUGAACAAAAAUUUUUUUAAUACAAAAAUUUUUUUUAUGGAAAAAAAAUUUGAUAAUAAAUGAUAAUUAUUAUAAUGAAAUCUAGUGCUAAUUCUGUUUAAUUUUAAACGAAUUGCUUUUUAAAGCAUAAAAUUUUAUAAAUCAAAUUAAUAUUUGCUUUCCAAUUUUUGCGAAUUAGGGAUUUUUUUAAAUUUCGAAAAAAAAAUUUAUAAAAAAUUUAUAAUAGAAAUGCUCUUAAAAUAAAAAAUUAACCUCCCUCCGUGAGAGGGGGGGAGUUAGAACAAUCAAAUAUAUUUAAUAAAAAUAUAUUAUGAUAUAUGAUUUAUAAUAAAACCGCUAGCAAAUUCAUUAAUUUAGUUAGCAUGUAUUCGCAUAAAUUGAAAGAAUUUUGUUUUCGAAAUUUCAACCUAAAAAGCUCCAAGUCAAAACAUCAGGCUCGCUCUAUGAAAGGAGGAAAUAAGGAUCUAAAUGGAGUUUUUAACGUAGCCGACCCUAGCAAUACAACUCAAGAAGAUGUCAAUAGAAUCUUGCAGGAUUUAUUCAAAGUAAAGUGCUCUUAUUAUUCAAGGACGAUAUCAAACUUGGCAUCACUGCAUGCAGUGGCCGAAGAAGCAAAUCAAAUCCACAUGGCUCCUUGGGCAGAACUCUGUGCUGAGUCAGGCGUUGAUUCACCAAUUUCUCCUUUCGUUGAAGAAGAAAAUCUGAAUGGAAGCCACAUUUGUGUGGAUGGGUCAAGAAUCACGCAAACUGGAUUUGCUUAUCAACAUCCUAGGAUCACUGCUGAGCUGUUAACAGAGAGUUUAGGAUUAUUGAUAGAAGCAGGUGUUCUUCCAAAUAUAUUAAACUCUAGUUAG